UUAAAAGAAUCUUUUUUUUUUUUUUUUUUUUUUUUUUUAAUUUAAAAAGAAUCUUUUUAUUUUAUUUUUAAAUAUUUAUUUGUAAAUAGUAACUUUUAAAAAUGUUAAAGUAUUUAUUAGGUUUAAUAUUGGUUUUACAACUUACCAAUAGCGCCUUUGGACAUUUAUGUCUUUUCGAUCCACCACAAAGAAACCCAAAUUGGGCUGUACCAAUUGAUUCCGGUGAUAAUGCUUGCUUUAGAGUUCGUGGUAAUUGUGGUAAUGUAACAUCUGGUGCUCCAGUAGCCAUAUACAAUGCAGGUUCAACCAUUAAUGUAUUUUUCCAACAAAACUAUAAUCAUUGGUAUGCUGAAAAUCCAGGAUUUUUAGAUAUAUCGAUUUCAUAUGAUGGUGAUAACGGUGAUUUUACAUUAUUAUCACCACAAAUUGAUGACUAUAAUGCUUGGGAUAUGGUUACUCAAACCAAUUAUACAGUUCCAGUUUCACUCCCAAAUAAACCAUGUAAAAACUGUGUUUUAAGAGUUAGAUAUAUUUGUAAUAAUCCAGCAGAACCAAAUUUCACUCAAUGUUCAGACAUUGCAAUUAUAUAA